AUGGGCCAGAAACGAGGACGUGAUUCAAAAGGACUGGCCGUCCAGUCCAAAAAGAGAAAGAAGGUGGCAAAACCCCAAGAUGCAGCCGAUGAGUACCUCGUCGGAAUUGACGAUCUGAACUGGAAAGGAGUCGCUCUUCCUGAUCGAUUGGAGGAUGCGGGAGGAUUUUUCGGUCUGGAGGAGAUCGAAGGGGUUGAUAUCGUGCGACCCCAAGGAAACGGGGAGAUUCGCUUUAAGGUGGCCGCAGGAAAACCAAAGAAAUCUAUUCUGAAGAAGACGAUAGCAACUUCUGCGGAUGAAGAGGUUACCUGUGACGAUGAAUGGUCCGGCUUCAGCGACAACGGGACGGAGGAAAAACCAAGUGGCGCCCCAGCAGACGACGAAGCAAAAGAACCCAGCAGCAGCAAAGAGCAGAAUGGAAACAAACAGGCCGAUAAGAAGGGGGGAGAGAAACAAAAAGAGAGAAAGGAACGCAAGGCCAAGGAAUCAAAAGUUCAAAAUGAUCGCAGCAUCAAACCUGGACUGUCAUUCGCAGCCCUCGGAGAGCAAGAGGAGGAUGAUGGCGUGGAUGUUUCAGCCUGGGAUUCUCUUGGUCUAUCCCCCGAGCUUCUGACGAGUAUAUCGAAGCUUAAGUUCUCUGUGCCCACGCCCGUCCAGAAAGCUUGCAUUCCGAGCAUCCUUGAGGGGCACGAUGUCGUGGGGAAGGCAUCUACGGGUUCAGGAAAAACUCUGGCAUUUGCUAUACCUAUCCUGGAGCAGUAUUUGGAACACAAGCGAGAACGUUCCAAGGGGCCAAGUAAAUCCGGGUCUUUCCCCGUCGCACUUAUCCUUUCUCCUACCAGAGAACUGGCGCAUCAGCUGGCAAAACAUAUCGGAGAUCUGACAACACAUGCCCCUGGUGUCCAUGCAAAAGUCGCACUCCUAACUGGUGGGCUUUCGAUACAGAAGCAGCAGAGGCUACUGGCUGGAGCAGAUAUUGUCAUUGGGACGCCCGGCAGGGUGUGGGAAGUCCUCAGCUCGGGUCAUGGAAUGAUUAGGAAGAUGCAGAAAAUUAGAUUCCUAGUUGUUGAUGAGGCGGACAGACUUCUUAGUGAGGGCCACUUCAAAGAGGUGGAGGAGAUAUUAAACUCUCUUGAUCGCACGGUGGAUGGAGACUUUCCGGUCGAAGAGCAGGAGAACGACGAGAAAGAUGAAGAGAAAGAGGACGACGACGAACCCACUCAGGCGAAAGAUUCUGUUGCUGAAGGACAUAGACAAACUCUAGUCUUCUCAGCCACUUUCCAUCGUGGCCUACAGCAGAAACUAGCUGGCAAAAGCCGCUGGACUGGGGGCGACCUCAUGGAUAAGAAGGAAUCCAUGGAAUAUCUUCUCCGGAAGCUGAAUUUCAGAGAGGAGAAGCCCAAGUUCAUUGAUGUAAAUCCUGUUUCUCAGAUGGCCGAAGGUCUCAAGGAAGGGAUUGUGGAAUGCGCCACAAUGGAAAAGGAUCUAUACCUGUAUACUCUCCUCCUCUAUCACCCCAAGCAUCGGACUAUAGUCUUCACCAAUUCUAUCGCCGCCGUCAGACGACUCUCUCAAUUCCUCCAAAACCUGCAGCUCCCGGCCCUUGCACUCCAUUCUUCUAUGGCACAGAAGGCUCGACUGCGUUCCGUGGAGCGUUUCUCAUCUCCCACAUCCAACCCCAGUUCCAUCCUGGUAGCAACCGAUGUCGCAGCCCGCGGUCUAGAUAUCAAGGGUAUCGAUUUCGUCAUCCACUACCACUCCCCUCGCACGGCAGACACCUAUGUCCACCGAUCCGGCCGUACCGCUCGUGCUGGUGCAGCAGGGAAAAGCGUCAUUAUCUGUUCCCCGGAAGAAGUUGUCGGUGUGGCCCGCCUAACCGCCAAAGUCCACGCCAGCCAAGGCCCAAAUACAAAACGGCUUCCACUAGAAUCACUCGAGCUGGAUCGCAGGGUUGUCGCGCGCGUACGACCACGUGUGGAACUUGCUAAACGCAUCACUGAUUCUACCAUUGCCAAAGAAAAGAUAUCUGCAGAGGACAACUGGCUACGGGCCGCUGCGGAGGAUCUUGGUGUCGACUAUGACAGCGAGGAAUUUGAAUCUGCAAAGGGCAAGGGUCGUGGGCGCGGUGGUGGACGACACCAGCGUGAGAAGGAGGCUGGGAGUGUCACCAAGGCAGAAAUGGCAGGUAUGCGAGCAGAACUGAAAAGACUACUUUCGCAGAGGGUGAAUAUCGGCGUCAGUGAGCGAUACCUGACUGCUGGAAGGGUAGAUAUCGAAGCCUUGCUGAGGGGAGAAGGCAACCAGACGUUCUUGGGACAGGUGGAUCCGUUGAAUUUUUGA